AUGACGAGCAGAGGAAGAGAGUUAGCGGAAGUCUGUAAAAGAAGAAGAAUAAAUGUAGCUUGUUUACAAGAAACGAAGUGGAAGGGUUCAAAAGCUCGAGAGAUUGGUGAUGGGUAUAAAUUCUACUAUUGUGGAAGUGACGGAAAGAGGAAUGGAGUGGGAAUUGUUUUGGAUAGUGAACUGAAAAAUUGUGUGACGCAUGUUAAGAGAUUGAAUGAUAGGUUGAUUGUAAUAAAAAUAAUGUUAGGGGAUCUGAUUAUGAAUGUAGUAAGUGUUUAUGCGCCACAGUCUGGAUGUGAUGAAAGUAUUAAGGAAAAGUUCUGGGAAGAUUUUGAUUCAGUUUUAAUGGAUAUCCCAGUAGAUGAGGAAUUGUAUGUCGGAGGUGAUUUUAAUGGACAUGUUGGAAGAAAGAGUACAGGGUAUGAGAGAGUGCACGGAGGCUGGGGUUUUGGGGCAAGAAACAUUGAGGGGGAAUAUUUACUGGACGCCGCUGUUGCGUAUGAUUUGGCAAUUACCAAUACAUUUUUCCAAAAGAAAAUUCAACAUUUGAUAACCUAUAAAAGUGGCGGUAACGCAACGCAAUUAGAUUAUAUUCUUACCAGGAGGGACAAAUUAAACCGAGUCAAAAACUGCAAAAUUAUACCUGGGGAAAAUUUAACAAGUCAGCACCGGCUUUUAAUAGCAGAAUUCAAAAUUAAAAUUAAAUUAAACAAACAUAAACCUAAAACCCCCAGCAAAAUAAAAUGGAAUAUGCUAGAGAGACAUGAGUGUGCAAAAGACUUUUCGAAGCAAGUGGUAAAUAAAAUGAUAGAAAUGAAUGAUAUGAAUGGAAUGACAGUAAAUGAUAGUUGGAAUGAAAUGGCCAGUUGUAUUAGGAGUGUGGCGAAAAGUGUGCUAGGAGAAACGAAAGGUAGAGGAAAAAUUGAUAGAGAAACUUGGUGGUGGAGUACAGAUGUGCAAGAGGCUUUGAAUGAAAAGAAGAAAGCAUUUAAGGAGUGGCAGGGUGUUGAUGAGAAUGAUAAAGAUUUGAAAGAGAAUAAAAGAGACGUAUAUAAGCAGUGUAAACGAUGUGCAAAAAAAGCCAUCGCAACUGCUAGGGCACAGGCACAGGUUAAAAUCUACGAAGGCCUGAACAGCCCAGCGGGACAAAAACACCUGUUCCGUAUAGCAAGAGAGAGAGAAAGGAGUGCAAGGGAUAUAAACCACAUAAAGUGUAUAAAAGACGAUGAAGGAAAAGUACUAAUGGAUGAUGAUGAUAUUAAACAGCGUUGGAAGGAAUAUUUUGAAAAACUGAUGAACGAGGAGAAUAUUUGGAGUGGAGUGUUGGAAGAAGUGCCGGUUAAUAUUGGUAUGGUGAAAGAGAUAAGCGUGGAAGAAGUAAAGAAAGCGGUGCAAGGUAUGAAGAAUGGAAAAGCUGUUGGGCCGGAUGGAAUACCAGUGGAAGUAUGGAAGCUCUUAAAGGCGGAUGGAUGGGUGUGGCUGACUCUAUUCUUCAACAAGUUGUUACAGGAAGAGGUGAUCCCAGAUGAAUGGUGUGCUAGUUCACUAGUGCCUAUAUUUAAAAACAAAGGGGAUGUGCAGAUCUGUAACAAUUAUAGAGGAAUAAAGCUCAUGUCACACAGUAUGAAAGCCUGGGAAAGAGUGGUGGACGGAAGAAUAAGAGAAGAGAGUGAGGUAACUCGGAACCAAUUUGGUUUUAUGCCAGGACGGGGUACUACGGAUGCCAUCUUUGCUAUUCGCCAACUGUGCGAGAAAUAUAGGCGUGUGCACAAAAACCUGCACAUGGUGUUCGUAGACCUUGAAAAAGCAUAUGAUAGGGUUCCGAGGAGACUUUUGUGGUGGACCUUGAAAGUGAAAGGAGUGCCUGGGAAAUACCUGUAG